CCCAACAUUAAUCUUGUACGCAGUUAAGGUACCAUCAUUCUUAAUUCUUCGGUAUAAAUACUUAAAAUGUAUCAAAUUCUCCUUGUCGUCACCUUGAGCCUUUUGUGUCUAGCAAACUCGGUACUCUUGCAGUCCGUCUGUACUCCGGUGGACGUGUCCGAGCUGGAUUUGCACUACGUGGGGAAGGUGAACGGUACAUCGCUUUAUACUAACCUUGGAAAUGCGGGAAUGUCGUUUCAAGAUGCGAUCGAUUUCUGCCAUUAUUUCGGCUUUACACCUGUCAUAAUCGAAUCGGAAGAUGUUGAUGUGAUGCUGAACGAUUUUUUGAAUCGUGUCUCGGUCAACUCGACGUACAACACCCGUCCAUUUUGGCUUAGUCUAUCCGACAAUGAGACCGAAGGAAGCUUCGCCUGGUCACAUAACAAUACGCCACUUCAGGGAUAUAUAAACUGGGCGGAAAAUUCUCCAGUCACAGAUCCCGACAAUGGUCCGAGAAUUAACUGCGUCUCCGUCCAGCAGUUUGUCGGGGGAUUGAAAUGUGUCUGGAUUAAUCUUCCUUGCGACUCGACCUGCUGGCGACCACUCUGCUCACGGCAGUAAAAUCAGUAAAAUGCUGCUUCAAAAAUAUUUUACAUGUGUGCCAAGCAUCAGGUAAUAAAGUUAAAUAUUUAUUUGACUGUGACGACGAAGAAGCAAACGAGGAGGAGAUUUAACUUUAUUACCUGAUGCUUGGCACACAUAAAGUAUAUUAAUAGACUCCAUUAAUUCAAUAAAUCAGAUUCACAGAUAUUAACGAAAUAAAAAAUUGGAAUAAGACAGGAAA